AUGUUUAUUUGUUGCAAUAGUAAUAAGAAAGCCAAAAGAAAGGAAAAUUAAAAUUAGUAGGCAAUUUAGCAACAAUCUAACCAGGCCAAAUAUUAGAUUCGUGUAUCUCUAGACUAGGAUCAACAUUCUACAAAUUUAACAAAUUUAGAAGGCACAUCCGACAAAAUGAACUUCAGUACCCAAGACGUCGAGAGAUUCAUUUUAGAUGGCAAGAAAACUAUUGAAUAAGAACGUGAAUUAAUUACGAGAUUGAUAGAAUUGCCUGAGAAAACACAUAUAAUAGAGUUCUAUUGGGCGUUUGCCUACUCAAAUUAUAUAAAAGAUGAACGCAUCCAUCCAGGAGAAAUCACGAAUAACAUCUUAGUUGAGAAGCUAAGAAACUAAAAAGAAUUGGUUUCUGAAAAAGAUUAUGUUUUAGUGAAUGACUAAGUUUGGAAUAUGCUGGUUCACAUCUAUAAGGGUGGUCCAAUGUUAACCAUUUAAGAUCUUGAUAGAAAGAAUUUAGAAAAGACAUUGAGAGGAUUUUCAUCUCCCCCAAGAGAUGAUUUGGAUAAGAAACAAAAUUAGUUUAGAUUAUUGAGUCAAUUACCCAUAAAAGAGACCUAGAUUGUGGGAUUAGAAAAUGAGAAUUACUUUUGUUACCUAAACAGUGUUCUCCAGUGCCUAAUGGGAAUUCGUCAGCUUAAUCAUUUCUUAUUGUAUUCUUACGAUUAAGAAGUUCAGCUAUUCAUAUAAGCCUAUACUCUUCUGCUCAAAAAGGCUAAUAAAAUGCAUUAUAAAGGAAGAGUAAGCCCAAAUGAAUUGAUUAAGAUUCUGCAAAAGCAUUUCUCUAUCUAUGAAAUGCACGACAGUUCUGAACUCUUGUUAUUCAUUCUUGAUAAAUUUAGAGAAGAACUCUCUCAUAACAAUUAGUUAUAAACGACAACAUUUAUUGAUGAGUUAUUUAAAGGGCAAAUAACCUCCUUUAUGAAAUGCCCUAAUUGUAAUAAAACUAUUAUCCACUAAGAAGUUUUUUUUGAUCUUAGUCUUCCUUUACUUAGUAAAUGUUUUGUCUAAAGGAAACUUACUAUCAACGAAUGUCUUUCAAAUUAUUUCAAAGAAGAAAGUAUUGAUGGCGAAUGGAAGUGUUCUGAAUGUAAUCAACAAUCCAAAAACAUUAAAAGAGGAAUCAAAAUCUCGAGUGCACCUAAUAUACUUAUUUUGCACCUCAAAAGAUUUCAGAGCUACCCUCUAAAAAAGAAAAUUAAAGAACCUGUCGUUACAGAUAUGGAAAUCAAUAUCAAGAAGUAUAAAUUUAUGCAAUAAUCUACCUUAGUUAUUGUGCCACAGACAUUACAUAUACCAAAUAUGAUUUAUCGGCCAUGAUUGUUCAUUCUGGCACCAUAGACGAAGGACAUUAUGUUGCUGUUGUGAAGCGUAAUUAAUAAGUAAUUGUAUUCUCUUAUAAGCUACUUAGUUUUUCCUCUUCAAUGAUGAUGAAAUGGAAAGACUUUCAUAUGAUCAAAUCUCUCGCAUUGAUUCUGCUUACCUUCUUAUCUAUCAUAGAAAAAUAUGA